GUACAUCUUCACGUUCGCCAAGAAAAACCAAUAAUCUUCAUGUCUCGAUGAAUGACUUGUUUCUGUCGACAUUCAGAUACUACUUACUCAUUGCUAUACAUGACCAAAGCCCGGGAAACGACCCGAAGGUGACGCCGCCGUGAUCCGACAAAUUUCUACUCCCGCUGAUCGGGACAAUCUCUCCUUCAUGUCCCAUUCGGGGCCGAGCCUUCGAUAUCAGGCGCAUCUCCGAGCUCCCUCUCCCGACCCCGAUGCUGGUCUUCGGGGAGUAGGCCAUUAUGAACGCAAAUUGCCGAAAUGGCGAUAUCGCCUGCGGCAAUGGCUGAUCCCACUUGUCCGAUGGGAGACACCCUACCUCGCCAAACUCCAGCAACUAUCUCGGACGCCUUUGCUGGACUCAUACUUUGCUAUGACGGCCAAUUUGGGCACCCAUACCUUUUUCAUGACUUUUCUUCCCCCAUGCUUCUGGUGUGGGUUUCCGAAUUUUGGAAUGGGUUUGAUUCAUAUGCUCGCUGCAGGAGUCUACUUGAGCGGAUAUGCAAAGGACCUCGUCUGUCUACCCAGACCGCUGUCGCCUCCGCUCCACCGCAUCACUAUGUCGGGGUCCGCUGCGUUGGAGUAUGGUUUCCCUUCAACGCAUACCACCAACGCCGUGUCGGUGGCUCUAUCUUUACUGCACGAAUUGUGGAAAAAUCAAGAUCACUACUCGCCAUUGACGUAUCGGUUACUGGUUGCAGCAUGUCUCUGUUAUGCCACCUCGAUCAGCAUAGGUCGGAUGUACUGUGGCAUGCACGGUUUCCUUGAUGUUCUCUUUGGUGCUGUCCUAGGAGCAUUCAUUGCCGCUAUCCGAGUGGCCUAUGGAACGGCAUUCGACAAUUCAGUCAUCGAGGGAAGCUUACCAUAUCUCAUCUGUGUUCUCGUCAUUCUUUUGCUUGCAGUUCGAUUCCACCCGGAACCUGCCGACAACUGCCCCUGCUUCGACGAUAGCGUUGCAUUUAUCGGAGUGGUCAUGGGUGGUACUGUCGCCACCUGGCAUUAUUCUCGCUACUUGACCGGCUCCUCCCUCCCGGAGAUAACGCUAUCGCAGAUGUACGUGUACACCAAUAGCGACUUGUUGAAGUCAGUCGGCAGGCUGGUGGGAGGUAUUCUGGCCGUCUUCGUGUGGCGAGCGACGAUGAAACCAAUCAUGCUCGGCACACUACCUCCAAUCUUUCGUUUCUUCAGCCAAUUCGGCGUGCGGAUACCCCGACGCUUUUUCGUCCAGUCCAGAGAUUAUACCAGCGUCCCCCCGAUACCCAGCGACGACAAAAUCUUCCCGCCGGCCUCGGACAUUCCAGCCAUGAUAUCCUCCAUCCGUCGUCGAAAGCGCACCGUCUCCAUCGGCCCACAAUCCGAGGCCGACGCCCGCGAACACAUCGCCAACCGCGAACAAGUCCGCCGAGAAACCCGAGCAGCGAACUCCUCCCGCUCGCGAUCACCAAAACGAGACUUGCAGGUCCCCAUCACCGAAGGAUCGGUACUCAUGACUCCCGACGAGCCACCCACAGCCUCCUCUUACCUAUCCGUCCGACCCAAUGCCGCGGGGGGUUCACUGAAGACGACCUUGCAGGCUAAUCGAGCGAACGUCCUCACUCCGCCACCGAGUGAGGCUAGCGCUUCGAGCGAUGAGCAGCGCGAGGAGGAGCAGGCUGAUCGCAAGAUGCUCGCUGCUGUUGAGAAGCCCCGCGUGCGCUACGAUGUGGAGGUCAUCACGAAGCUCGUUGUUUAUGCAGGUAUCGCGUGGAUUUCUUUGGAGGGCAGUCCGAUGAUAUUUCCCAAGUUGGGACUGGUUUAGAGGGGCUUCGGCUAUUGUUUCGAGCAACCAAUGCGUGUGUUCAGCGAAUGGCCUUCCGAUACACUUUGGUAGAGUGCUUGGUUAAUUACGAUCGCGCAUAAUGAUAUAUCAUAACUUUCAGGCCCGCGUGUUUUUGAUGCCCGUGGACCACGUCUAACAUCUCAAACAUGGCCG